GGUUUUUUUUUUUUUUUUUUGUGAAUGGGACUGUGGGAGGGUAAUUAGGUAUGCAAAUACAAGCGCUCCAUUCAUGAUUAGCCUAAAAGUCGACCCCCCCCUCCUCCUCCGCUCUAGGUGGAUACCGAGCCCGGAUCCCCAGGAAAUCUCUCCUCCAGCACCCCAUGCUCCAGAGAUAAGACGCCUGCGCUGAGGCUGGCGAGCGGCGGCGGCAUGGACGCCUUCUGUGACCAGCAAGUGCCUUACGUGGUCACCAGUAGUCAGCGUGGGAGAAAUUGUAACGAGAAACCAACCAAUGUCAGGAAAAGGAAAUUCAUUAACAGAGAUCUGGCUCAUGAUUCGGAAGAACUCUUUCAAGAUCUCAGUCAAUUACAGGAAACGUGGCUUGCAGAAGCUCAGGUCCCUGACAAUGACGAGCAGUUUGUGCCAGACUAUCAUGCUGAAAGUUUGGCUUUUCAUGGCCUCCCACUGAAAAUCAAGAAGGAACCUCACAGCCCGUGUUCAGAACUCGGCUCUGCCUGCAGUCAAGAACAGCCCUUCAAGUUCAGCUAUGGAGAAAAGUGCCUGUAUAAUAUCAGUGCCUAUGAUCAGAAGCCACAAGUGGGAAUGAGGCCCUCCAAUCCCCCGACGCCCUGCAGCACGCCCGUGUCCCCACUGCACCAUGCCUCCCCCAGCGCAGCUCACACUCCGAAGCCUGACCGAGCCUUUCCGGCGCACCUCCCUCCAUCGCAGCCCGUGCCAGAGAACAGCUACCCCAUGGACCACAGGUUUCGCCGGCAGCUUUCCGAGCCCUGUAAUUCCUUUCCUCCGUUGCCCACCAUGCCGCGGGAAGGACGUCCCAUGUACCAACGGCAGAUGUCUGAGCCCAACAUCCCCUUCCCGCCACAAGGCUUUAAGCAGGAGUUCCAUGACCCCGUGUAUGAACACAGCGCCCUGGUUGGUGGCGCGGCCAGCCAGAGCUUCCCGCCUCCCCUGAUGAUCAAACAGGAGCCCAGAGAUUUCGCCUAUGACUCAGAAGUGCCUAGCUGCCACUCCGUCUACAUGAGGCAAGAAGGCUUCCUGGCACAUCCCAGCAGAACAGAAGGCUGCAUGUUUGAAAAGGGCCCCCGGCAGUUUUACGAUGACACCUGCGUGGUUCCAGAGAAAUUCGACGGGGACAUCAAACAAGAGCCAGGGAUGUACCGCGAGGGUCCCACCUACCAGCGACGGGGCUCCCUUCAGCUCUGGCAGUUUUUGGUAGCUCUUCUGGACGACCCUUCGAAUUCUCAUUUCAUUGCCUGGACCGGUCGAGGCAUGGAAUUUAAACUGAUCGAACCUGAGGAGGUGGCUCGGCGUUGGGGCAUUCAGAAAAACAGGCCAGCGAUGAACUACGACAAACUUAGCCGUUCACUCCGCUACUACUACGAGAAGGGCAUCAUGCAGAAGGUGGCCGGAGAGAGAUACGUCUACAAAUUCGUGUGUGACCCGGAAGCCCUGUUCUCCAUGGCAUUUCCAGACAAUCAGCGCCCGCUGCUCAAGACAGACCUGGAGCGCCACGUGAACGAGGAGGACACGGUGCCCCUGUCCCACUUCGACGAGAGCAUGGCUUACAUGCCAGAAGGGGGCUGUUGCAAUCCUCACCCCUACAACGAAGGCUACGUGUACUGACCCCAGGGACACUCAGCAGGGUGGCUCCUCUCUCUCUGCGGGAUGCGGAGAAUUGCUGAAUGCUCUUUUGUUUUAUUUUUGUUGUUUGUAUUUUAUUUUUAAAUAAUAAUACAUGAAAAGGGG